GAUGUGAAGAACUUCAGCCCCAAUGCAAUCAUUCUUAGCGGCGGUCCCCACUCCGUCUAUGAUAAGGAUGCACCGCACCUGUGCAAGGACAUUUGGGGCUACAUCGACGAGAAGAAGCUACCUGUCUUCGGCAUCUGCUAUGGCUUGCAGGAGAUGUGCCACUCCCUCGGCGGCAAGGUCGAAGCCGGCGUCAAGCGCGAGUUUGGACAUGCCGACCUGCUCAUUC